AUGUAUACAAGCAAGCUACAGUUCCGUUGUGAGUUCACCAAACACGAUGCUGACGUGUUCUACACUACCAACUGGGUCGUUAACGGCGAACUUGUCCUCACUGAAGAUGCUAUGAAGUGGGACAAUGGUGAUGUUAUAGCCAAUCAUACUCUGACAGAGGCUAAACUGAUCAGCGUUCACAUAACACAAGUUGGAUUCGAGCUGCGGUGUUCAGUCAGAGCUAGCUUCGGAAAAGGCACCGCUGCCAGUGUUCCUGUCAUGUCAGAUCCAAAGUUUAUUGGGAUAAAGAUAUCUGAUAAAACACUUGAGCUGUCAGAAGGGGAUUUCGCUGACAUAUCCCUCCAGCUGACGGCACCAUUUGGAUGUGGGACUACAGCUGGUACAUGUGAACUAAACAUAGAAUCUGUUCACCUUGUUAUUUUGGCUUCGGAGUGGAAUAAAGCUGCCACGGUCAGGGUAUUUGGUCAAGUUUCCCAGAGCCUUGGAUCAUCAAGUAACACCUUGAAACUGAAGCUGGCAACCCCUGACGUGCUAUUUGACAACAUGUUUUGGGUUCAGCUGAAAAAGAACACCACGCUGAUUGCGCGGAAGUCGUGUCAUGCUGUCAAUGAUCCACACAUGCUGACAUUUGAUGGAAGGCGAUACGAACAUCAAUAUGAAGGUGUCUUCACUAUGUAUAAGCACACAAUCUUUCCCAUUGAGGUUCAAAUACAGACAGCGGACUGCGGAAGGGGUGUGCACAACGCGUGGUGUAACUGUGGAGUUGCUAUACGAGCUGGGAGGACGGUGUUUGAGUUCAACAGGUGCGAGGGACAGUCCAGUAUCUGGACAAUAGAAUACACACUGUGUGAAGACAGCGGAGAUGUACUACAGGUCAAGAAGAAGGGCAACAAUUAUGAGGUGUAUCUGCCCACUGGAGGAAGAGUGACAGUUAAUGUCUACGGCAUCUACCUGAACGUUUACAUCUACCCAUCAAUCCAAGACGUAAAUAACACCCGUGGUCUCUGUGGGACACUAACAGCAAACUGCAGGGACGACUUUUUCCUGAGGGACGGCACCUACUCUACAGACGUCACAGCGACGGGUGACUGCGGAACUACAUCCAACGUCUGGCAGAAUCUUCUCACUACAUUCUCGAACUCAUGGAAGUGA